AUUGGCUUUGUUUGUCUGGGAGAUCGUUAUACAACCGACCGAACAUAUUCCAAAAGAAACCCAGAACCCAGCAAGAGAGAGAAAAAAAAUUCGAAUCGCUCAUCUGCGAAAGAAAACGACCUCUAGUCCGACGAGUUCGAGAUUGAAAUUCCCUUCAAAACCACUCCUUUUGUCAAGACCAACCAUCAAACCACAUAUCGAGAGGCCAAAAAAGAACCAAACAGAAACAAGAUCAAGAAACAAGAGAAAGGACAAAGAUGAAACUCCUCACCCUCAACUUCCUCACCUGCGCCCGGAAAUCCUGCAAAUCCUCCCCGGCCGCCUUCCCCCUGCACCCGCGCGAGGUCGAACUCGAACAGAUCGAAGUCGACCUGAAUCCGCUCUUCAUUCGAAACAUGCUGCCGCGGCUGGAUUGGGAGGCGAUGCGGGCCGUGACACAGGAGCUCGGCCUGCCGCCCCUCCCCUCAACCGUCCCGGAGCCGGACUCCCUCGAGAUCCCAUCCGCACCCGCAGCCACAGAUGCGGCGGCGGAGACCGGCGAGGUCGCGACGACGACGGCGCCCUCGCAGACGCUCCAGGACCUCCACACGCUGCUGCUGGAGACGAGCAUCGCCAGCGGGAAGCUCGCGUGCGGGAACUGCGGGCACGAGUACGCCGUCAAGGAGGGCAUCGCGAAUUUCCUGCUGCCGAGCCAUUUGGUUUGAACUUGUCUUUUUCUUUUUUUGCUUUUUUCCCGCUCUUAUAGGGAUUCCUUCUCCUUUCCUUUUUCUUUUCUUUUCUUUUCUUUUGGGGAAAAAACAAAUCACGGAGGUAGGGGGAGGGAUGGGAAGCGAGAAGAAGGGAUCGGAAGGAAAGGAGAAGGAAGGAGAAGGGAGAUUUGUUUUCGGGGUCUUUUGGGCGGGAGGCAGGCAGCUAGGGGACUAUCUUCCGGAUGAUUCAUCGGGAAGAGGCGACGAGGGAUGUCGUGGGUGUGUGA